UAGUUAAUUGGGAGCUUGCGGGACCAGUCACUUUUGACCUACUGCCUCAUUACCAAAGCUCGGUCUAUCAGUUCCAAGGUAACAUGCUAGAAGUGAGACUGAAGAAAGCCUUUUACAUUUGUGAGGUUGGAUUUUGUAAUUCUGCUGUCAAUACCCAAAAGCCGCUAUACUCAAUUUUAUUUUUUCAGGCUGAGAAUGAUUUUGUUGCUGAAUAAUGGUUACUUGCCGGAUUAUAUAAAUUUGAUUAAUCAAUAUGCUUAAUUAAAGCAAACUCUGGUUCAUCAAGAAAUGGAGGUCAAGUUCUAUUUUUAUAUCUUAGUGCAUCAAAUACUUUCCAAGAAUUUAAAUAUAUUUGUUUUCCAGGGAAACAUCUUUUUCUUUUUUGAUUCCAUCGAUUAAAACUGAAGGCUAAGUACAAGUUGAUCACACUCGAAUAGCCUUUUGCAAACACCAUAACUAAACACUUGCGAAAUUAAAUUACACAUCUAACUAAUGAAUAUACAACAAUAUUAUAUCACACUACUGAUAAUGAUAACAUUAAUGGUCAUUAACUAUAGUUAUUUGUAGUUAUUACUUCAUUGGUGCUAACUCUAGUCCUACAAAAUUCUUUUAUACAACUCUUGAUACCCUGACUUAAUAAGUAAAGUCAGACUCAAUAAACAAAAAGGCCCAUCAAGAAAGGUAGCUUGCGCAAACGUACCCGAAGAGGUUGGAUCCUGCAAAGGAGCGAAUCUCUCUUGCUAUCUCGAUCUUUCCUAAAAACUAGGUGUUAAUGAACUCCUAAGAUAAAGGGAACGGUUAUUCAUCAAAUAAAGAUGGAACUAUUCCAACAAAGGUGGUUAUUGAUUAUAUUAUAAAUACACUGACAUUCCUCAGGUAUAAUUUAGAUUUUAAUCUACAAAAAACUUACCUAAAGCACUUGUUAAUUUAAGCAUCAGAGUCUCUUGCAGAGACCACUUCCUACCUCCUCACGAAGAACUUGGUCAGGCGGCACUUUGACAUCAACAAGUCGGAUGCUGCCAUACAAAGGGAUUUGGAACUUGCGUUCAUGUCCAAAUCAACGUUUCAGGUAACCUUCAGAACAUUGGCGCCGUUGCUGGGGACCUGGAAUUUAUCCUUUAACCGUGGCGAAUCACCAAUAUGAAGACGGUCAUACGGCAUCUGAAUCUGAAGCCGAGCCCCAACUAGAGAGCCAUGCCAUCAUACUACCUCCACCACACCAAAUGUAUGGUCCUCAUGGGGAAGGGCCACCAAGAAACCCCUACUUUAGGCGAAUUCAUUCGGAGAUCCACCCUCCCGAAGACGAAAAGCCUCCUCAGACAGUGAAGAUAUUUGGCCUAGUCCAUGGUCAACAGGAACGACUAGAACAGCUAGAACAUGAGGCUGAACGACAACGGAAAGCAGAACGGGAGUUACAAAGAGAAGUGAGACAACGAAGGGAGCUAGAAGAAAAACUCUUGAAGUUAGAGGCCGACCUUCGAAACCGGGGUAAUCGAACAGACCGGGAAGAAUGCCCCAUAGAUGGAGAAGAUUCAUUCAUAAAAGAUAUAAUGCGGGCUGAAGUUCCUAGAAAUUUUAAAACCCUUGACAUCGAUCUCUAUGAUGGGACGAUCGAUCCAAGACAUCACCUCAGCAAUUUCAAGAGCCGGAUGUACCAAGCCGACACCUCUGACACCACCUGUUGCAAAGCCUUCCUGACCACUCUGACUAAAGCGAAAAUGAAGUGGUUUGAUAACUUAGCCCCCAGGUCGAUAACUAGCUUCGACGACCUGAUAAGGAAGUUUCUGACCAAAUUCUCCAUCCAAAAAGAUAAAACAAAACACGCCCCGAGCUUGUUAGGAGUCAAACAAAAGGUCGGGGAAACCCUUCGAGAUUACAUGGAAAGGUUCAACAAGGCAUGCUUGGAGAUUCAAAAUCUACCUACUGAAGCUGUGAUAAUGGGAUUAGUUAAUGACUUUAUAGAGAAGCCAUUUUCUCAAUCCAUAUCCAAGCGGCAUCCAGUCUCAUUGAAUGAAGUCCAAGAAAGGGCAGAGAAAUACAUCAACAUGGAGUAUAAUUUUUGAUUAAGGGAACCUUUUUCACGACCAAACCUGCCCUAUCAACCUCCGGAAAAGGAAAAAGAACCUAAAAAGAGGGAAGAGCAAAAUCCAGAGAAGCUCCGAAGAUACCACAACUACACCCCCUCUGGGUCUCUCUAGUGGAUGUUUACAAAGAGAUAUGCCACACAGAGAAGCUUCCACCUCCUCGCUCGAUCAAACAUAAGGUCUGGAAAUCGGACUAAAUAUUGCGACUACCACAAGCUCUAUGGACAUUCCACCAACGGAUGUUAUGAUUUGAAGAAUGUCAUAGAAAAUUUGGCCAGCGAAGGCUGG